AUGAAAUUUUUUGUUGGAAUAAAACUAUUUUUUUGUUGUAUUUAUUUAGUGGCUGCGAUAAAUGGGACCAAAAAGAAAAGAAAGUCUAUUGGGUUAACUUUCCGGAAAUCUGAAUAUACCCAGUCUUUUUGUUCAUCAUUAGGUUGCAAAGACGGUAGAGGUUAUACAAGUUCAAACGAAGGCGAAUGCUAUUCAGUAAAUCGCUGUACAAAAUGCAAGACUACUAAUAAAUCAGAAUCAUCAAUGGCGUACUGCUCAGUAAUACCAACGAUCCUAAAUGAAAUUACAAUUUUUCAAGGCUAUCUUAAAAUUUCUAAAAAUGGGCUUGAAAUUCUAAAAUCGGGCAUGUUUGCAAAUGGAGAUUCGUAUAUAUCCGAGGAUGAUGAAUCAAAAACGGAUGAGUCAGAAAAUAGCCAAGAAGAAGAUGAAGAUGAUGAAGAGGAUGAUAAAGAAGAAGUUAUUCAUAAAAGCGACACAAAUUUCCCUGCAAAAAAAAGUAUUUCGACGAGUGUUUCGAGUUCAUUUAGUGGGUCAGUAGGGUAUUCUUUAUUACAGCUUGUUUCCCAAAUGUCUGAGUCCGAAUUUGAAGAAGGGAACGAAAGUAAUAAUAUUACAACGAAGUCUAACAAAUCACGCUCAAAAAGUCUAUUAAGCAGAGUUUUUGGGAAAAAAAAAAAAAAUUUACCCGACACAAACCAAGCAACACAAUUUAAAAAAACAAAUAAAUUUUCUUUUAGUUUAAAUAAUUUCAAAAAUAAAUUUCGUAACAAAAAUGGACUAGUUAAAUUUAAUUCGCCAACUAAGGGAAUUAAAAAAAACGAGAUCAAUCCUCAAGAGAAAAUGAAUAGUGCACACAUUUCUAAAGGGACUACCAUAGAAUUGGAAGCCACUGGACGUGUACUAACUGAAAGACUAAACACAUGUACAGUUAUUGAUGGAUAUGUACCUCUUACUGUUCACACUUUCCUGCAGUAUUAUAAUAUUAAAAAACUGUCAAAAGUAAGACCAAAAAAAUAUAAAUAUGCAGCAUUUGAAUUUAUGGUUGAUUCAAGUUGUGAUUUCGAUGAAUUAUGUAGAAAACCAUCUAAUUUCAUUGGAAGAUUAACUCCAAGGCAAAAGUUAGUAAUGUCAAACUCGAUUUCAAUUCCUGUUGGUUUAUUUAAAAAGAAUGGUAUUUCACAGGUUAUAAAAUCAAUUCGGACAAAAUAUAUAUGUAAAGGCCCCAAAUGUUUUCCAGAACAAUAUAAUUCUUGUGUAAAAAUAACAUGCGCAUUAAAUAAGGCAGAUUUACAUGACCAAGAAUGGAGAAAGAUUCAAACUGAAAAUACUGAAGAGAGGGAAAGAGAAGUGGAGAAGGCAGUUUCUAAUGAGUUACAGAAUUUCAGGGAAUUUGUUGCGGAUGAAAAUAAUUCAUUGAAUAAUGAAAAAAGUACUGAAACUUAUUCAAAGACAAUGAAUGGCCCAUUAUCUUUUACAGAUGCCAUUCAAAAUCCAACCAUUGAAAAUGCAGCAUAUAAAAUUGAAAAUAGUAAAGAUUUAGUUGAAAGUGAACAAAAUGACCAGAACGUGAAAUUAAAUAAUUUUCAAGACAAAAAUGAGACUAUUACUGUUGAAACGAGAAGUGAGGAGGAAAUAAUUGAUGCGCCAUCUGAUGGAAAAAGGUCUUCCGGCUUAAUGGAGAGAUUAAAACGAUCACUAGGAGUUUCAGCAGAAGAAGAGGCGGCUUCAAAUGAACACGAGGAAAAUGAUUCUGAAGACAGCUUACAAGAAAAAAAUGAAGAGAUACCGUUCCAGCCGGAAAUAACAAUAAGUAAUGAGAUUGAAAAAUCAAAAAGUAAUAUAAAAAAUGUUAUCUAUGCAACCUUGGGAAUAACUUGCACAAUUUUAAUUAUAAUUGGUGUAGUUUGCAUAGUUUAA